CGCCUUCUUCCUAGAACUCACCAUGAGAUUCGGACGAAGGUCGCUACAAACCAUCCCCCACUCAAAACCUGCGGUGCUAGAUAAGGAUAUCGACUCAUUUGCCGUCCGUUCGUUAUGAUGCCAGGAAACACUGCAAGGCAGUGCUCCUGCUCGUUCCCCGCGGAAACGGCGUCUUCGGCACCGCGUUUCUCGAAACUCACACAGUGGCACCCAUCAUCCGUUGAUGCAGCCGACCGAUAGCAGUCAGUUCUUCGAGACAACGGCGCGCGGGUGCUCGUAGUGCGUCUGAUACGCUCCCAUGGCCAAGUCCUUCGGCUGCCAUCCUUUCGAGUGUAUCGUGCUCAAGGAUACUCUCGAAUCAGAACUUGGUCUCAUACAAUGACGAUGUUAAGACGAGAUGGCAUAGAGGGUGUGCUCAGGCCUUCCGGCAUGGACUAAAUGAGCUGCUCUGCAUAUCGGGGACAAAGCCGAAAGUUGUGCAGAACUCUGUUGUCUCGGGUAUCGCACGUUGGGCGGCUUGGGCAGCCGAAGUCACUAACCCCGCGAUAACGCCCAGUUGACCUUACCGCGUGAUAGAGUGGUUCUGUAUCUCACAAUCUUGAAGGAAGUCUAUCGAAAAAAAAACUAUGCUAGUAUCGCGUUCCCUGGUUCCCAGUCUCGACGAUCCCAGGCAUCACAGCUCUGAAUUGCUCCGCGUCGUUAACUCUCGGAAACGGGAUGUCCGGGAUGUCCUUGCCCAAGAACGCGCACAAGGGACCCCAACCUUCAGCGACAUGAAAUUGCAGAAACCUGUCCUUCGGCACGACGGCCCGAAGAUGCGCGUAAUGGGCCUCGUAAGCUGCGACGCCCCGCUCCUUCGUGAAGCUUUCGGGGGUCGCGGCAUCCGGCGCCACGCCGAAGAACGCACUGAAGAUGAUCGUGCCGAGCCGGAUGCGCCGGCCGGCAGGCGAGUUCUGCGGAUCAGUCGCCGCUGGCGUGAGUGACAUCGGGCGGAGCAUCGGUCGAACUGUGGUGGAGAAUGAGGCCCACCACGCUUCCGUGUCGCGGUGCGUCACGGGGACCAUCGCAUCGGGAAACGCGGCCAGCAGUUCGUCAACGAACAGGUAGUGGGGCAUGUCCGUGACACCCUGCGCGAUUCCGUAUGAGAUCUAGUGUGAAAAGCGAACGAUGGGCAUACCUGAAACGGCUCCAGAAAAGCGCGCCAUUCAUCGGUGCUGAGUUGCUCCCCGAUGCCCCAGAACUUG